AUGGCGCACAAGCAGCGUAAAAUGGACAUCGCGGAAGCGAAAAAGUUGCUCGAUAAGACCAAAACGUUUAUUUUCGAUUGCGAUGGUGUCAUUUGGAAGGGAGACUCGUUGAUUGAUGGCGUUCCGGAGACUAUUGACAUGCUCAAGAGUAUGGGCAAGCAAUUGUUUUUCAUCACCAACAACUCCACCAAGUCCCGAGCGGGAUAUUUGAAGAAGUUUACCAGUUUGGGGUUGAACAUCACCGCGGAAAACAUCUUUUCCUCCUCUUUUGCGGCUGCCGCGUACCUCGAAUCCAUCAAGUUCGACGGUAAAGUCUACGUUGUUGGGGAAACCGGUAUCGGGGAAGAACUCGACUUGCUCGGCAUCAAGUGGUCCGGUUGCGAAGCCGAUAAGGGUAAAGAAGUCACUUUGAGCGAAGGUUUGUACAUGGAUCACGACAAAGAUGUCAGCGCAGUUAUCGUUGGCUUUGACAGACAUUUCAACUAUCACAAAAUUCAGCAAGCGACGCUUUGCAUUCGCGAGAACCCGGGAUGUUUGUUCAUCGCAACCAACACGGAUGCGGUGACGCACUUAACUUCUGCCCAAGAGUGGGCCGGGAACGGUUCUAUGGUUGGAUGCAUUAAAGGUUCCACGCAACAAGAGCCGAUUGUUGUCGGGAAACCAUCCUCUUUCAUGUUGGACUACAUCGCCGAGAAGUACUCCAUUCCGAAGGAUGAAAUUUGCAUGGUUGGCGAUCGUCUCGAUACCGACAUUUUGUUCGGUAAAGACGGCGGCUUGUCCACUUUGUUGGUGUUAUCUGGCGUGACGACGGAGGAUCGCUUGUUGAGCCCGAAGAACGACAUCGUACCGGACUUUUACACCAAUCAGUUGAGCGAUUUAUUGGAAGCGAAGUAA